CUCGUCGAAGCAAAUCCCGUAAAGGAAACGGAGUCGCUCAAGUCAUUCCACAGAUAAAACUUUAGCUUGUUUUUUUGCUAUAUAAAGCAGCCGGCCGGCGCCAUCGCCUCGAUCGAUAUCGAUUGUGCCGUUCAUGGCUUCUUCUAAGAUGACCCUGGCCUUCACUCUUCUCUCUGGAUUACUCCCCCUCUUUCCCUCCGCUUUUGGGGCCGUCACCUGCGAGGAGCUGCCCAAGGACCUGUGCGCCUUCGCGGUCUCGUCGGAGUCGAAGCGGUGCCUGCUGGAGAGCGUUCACCGGGGCGGCGGCCGGACGGAAUACCAGUGCCGUACGUCGGAGGUGGAGGUGGAGUGGAGGAUGAGGGACUGGGUCGAGACCGACGAGUGCGUGCGGGCGUGCGGCGUCAGCCGCGACGCCACCGGCAUCUCCUCCGACGCCCUCCUCGAGCCCGAGUUCGUCGGAAAGCUCUGCUCCGCCGCGUGCUACCGGAACUGCCCCAACAUCGUCGACCUCUACUUCAACCUCGCCGCCGGCGAAGGUGUUUUUCUACCGGAUCUGUGCGCGGUGCAUAAAGUGAAUCCCCGGCGAGCGAUGGCGGAGCUUCUCAGCUCCGGCGCAGCGUUUGGCGGCGCCGCUGCUGCUGCACCGACAUCCUACUGAUUGUUCCUUCAUGCGUUUUUAAUAAUUUUGAAAAUUUUCUACGCAUUUGUGUAUUAUAAAAGAAAGAGAUCUUAGUAAUUAAACUUCAACCUUUUACCUUUUAUUCAUUUAUUUAAUAUUAGAUAUUGGCGCAA